GCCCCGGCGGCCGUGAGCGAGGAGAGCGGCGGGCCAUGGCGGGCUCGGGGCUCUGGUUUCCGCUGCUGCUGGCGGCAGCGCUCGGCGGCCGGGCCACGGCCCUUUGGCCCUGGCCCCAGUACAUCCAAACCUCCGAGUCCCACUACGCCAUCUUCCCGCACAACUUCCAGUUCCGGUACCACGUCAGUUCGGCCGCGCAGCCGGGCUGCUCCGUCCUCGACGAGGCCUUCCAGCGCUACCGCGACCUCCUCUUCACCUCCCGCUCUUGGCAACCUCCUGAACCCACAAGUGAGUCGGACCUGCCCUGCCUCGUUUCCGGCUCCGAGAGAGCCUGCCCGGGGGCGCCUCCCCAAACCUCCCGAGACGCCCUUCUUUUGGCUUCUGCCCAACCCUGUCGUCUAGUCACAGCCCUCUGGUCUCCACUUCCUCCUGCGCCCUUUCUCCAGCUGUCAUCUCAGACCCCCCCACGUUUAGUCCCCAGCUCCAUUCUCUGCUUCACUGAGCUGACUUCUGGAGCCAGGAUUUCUCUGGAAUCCUGCCCCCCGGGCUCUGUUUCACCAAGAAUGCCUGCUACGGGACUGCAGUUCAAUCAGGAUGUCAAACUGCUGAAAAUACUGGGCCAGGAGACAUCGAAGGUGAUCCGUCUGACCGUGUUCAAGUGUCUAGGGUCCCAGUGAGGCUGUGACCGGGGCUGGGUAGAGGACAUCAGAGCUGACACCAAAGAUUGGCAAGAUAAGACACUAGAAAUGACUUGACCUAUGCAGAAUUACAUGAAAAGUGUCUGACACAUGGCAUGUCCAGUAAAUGUUUAAACUGUGAGAGAAAUCGGAGAACACUUCCAUAGGGAAAUGAAUUUUGAGUAACCACUUAAAGUGGGGUGGUGGAUAUAAUUGGCCAGGACUGAAAGAGUAUUCCAGGGAGGAACCCUGGAAUUGAUAAGGUGUAUCAACAAGAGGGUUAGCCAGUUGGAUUAGGAGUUCUCUCCCACCUUUGUGGAGUCACUGACAGUGAGGACAGCUGAAGAGAGGAGGUUGGAUCU